AUGGAAGAACAGCUUCUUCUCAACCUCCCUUUGGGAAGUAAGGAACACCCAUCUCGGGUAGACAGUUUAGAUUCUUUGAAAGCUAUUAUGGCAGGGGGAGAUGACAUGAGCUUAGAGGAAUCGAAUUGCCCUAGCCUAUACCUCUAUUCGAUGCAGGGGACUUCUCUCGUCAGCCUAAAGCAGGCACAGAGUGAGAAGUAUCCGGCUUUCUUUCGAUUUGUUGUGGAUUGGAUGAUGGAAAAACCUGCAAGUAGGGUCUUGCCUAGUACUACAGGUAAGGACAGGUGGCAUAGCGCAGUCCUCACCGAUGUGAGUGACUGGACACCAUAUCUCGACCAGCUCGUCCCAACGGAGCAAAGGCCUCCUCAGCGGGAAAUCCUAACAUGA